CGGAAGCUAGCAUAGCAGUAAGAUCCGCUGCCAAGAGCAACGUUCUCUUCGGGUAAGAGCUCCUAACUGAACCGGGAAGUGUUGUCAACGUUCGGGUAAGUGGUCCUAACUGUAGUAUCGGGAAGUGUUUCCAACGUAUCGCCGGCCAUAAAUAUAAUAGCUCAUGAGCGAUGGAUACGUUUCUUUUAAAUUAACCGGAUCAAACCCGGAAGUUACUGCUGGUGAUUUAAGCGCGCAGGCGCGUUGAUACGCAAGACUUGCGGCAAUGGGGCCAGACGACGGCCCAGGUACCGCUGUGGCCUGGAGGAAGGUGCUGUGGGAGCGCCAGCCGUACCCGGACAACUACGUGGACCAGCGCUUCCUGGAGGAGUUGCGCAGGAACGAGGGCCUCCGCCAGUACCGCUACUGGGCCGUGGUGCGUGAGGCGGGCCUGGUGGGGCAACAGCUCUCCUGCGUGGCCAUUUUCAUCACCCUCUGGCUCUACAUGGAGCAGGGCCUCCUAUCCCCAGGGACUCUCCUGCUUAUCAGCCUAGCGAGUUCCCUGCUGGGUUACGGACUGUACCAAGCCCUCGCAUCUCAGGCGGAACCCGUUCUGCAACCUCGGACCUGUUGGGCUGACUUACAGAGUGUCACCAUUUUCCUGUCCCUCAUCUUUGGCUUCUCGCCCGUGCUAAAAACACUCACAGAGUCCGUGAGCACGGACACGGUGUACGCCAUGUCGGCCGUCAUGCUGCUGGCUCACCUCGUGUCCUUCCCUUACACUCAUACGUCUCCCCCGGGCAGCCUGUCACUGAACGCGGCCCUUUUUGCGUCCGUGUGUCUGGCCUCCCGCCUCCCAGGAGCCCUGCAUACCUUCACCAUGCUCAGCUGCGCCCUUAUGGUCUUCGCCCUGUGGCCCUGCCUGCUGAGGCGGGUGAAGAAUGGGGCCCCGCAUCAUUUCGCCGCCGUGUGCGUGGGAGUAUGUGCAGCGGGUGUGGGCGGCCUGGCAUCACGCUGGCCCGGCGGGGCAAUCAUCCUCGCACUGGCCCUGGCUACCGUGAUUCUGCUCUGCCCCUGGCUGCUGGUCCAGCUGCAGAGGCACAAGGACAACAUCCACGGGCCGUGGGACGAGGCGGAGAUCAGAGAGGACCUCAGCCGCUUCCUCCAAUGAAUAAGGCCUGGUUGAAGCAGACGUGGGCUAGACACUUCAUUAGGUACAUAAGCUCAUGAGAUCCAAUGGAGCCUUUUUUUUUAAUUGAAAAAUUAAAAUUGGCUCAUCACUGAGACUUCUUACUUGCAUUUUUUAAAAACUGGGUGACUUGGGGAUUUGUUGUAGUUGGCCACUUUUGUUCUCAUCUUUGAUAUUAAAUAUAAAAGUAAAAAACAAAGUGGAAGAGAUGUUUUUUUUUUCCAUAAAUGUUGUCAUUAUGUAUUGUUGCGUGUCGAAUUUUGAGGAAAAUUAAGUCAGUUCUAUUCUGAAAUAAAGCUGUAACAAAAUAGUGAAGAAUUUCUGGUUCUAAUGAGACUAAAUAGAAUGUAUUUAUUACUGCAGUGUAUGAACAUGAAUAAUUUUACUGUAAUAAAUAACUUUUUUUAAAAUCC